CGCAAAGGCAAAGGUUAAUACGACAUUAUACGACCGAAAUGGUGCAAUUGUCAGAUACAAAAUAUGUCCUCGACCGUUCAGACACAGAACAUUUCCAUUUUUUGGUCAGCGCCAACCGAAAGGUGGUGGAGAGAACGAUCAGGAAAGUGUCAUCAGCCCACUGUGUGUACGAGAGGAGGUACUCUUGCUCCUUCUUCCCUGGUCAACCUUUCCUUCCGGGUAUUACACCUUGGAACUGAGACUGAGGUACUUUCCGUAUCUAUCUUGUAAACCCAUUGUAUUUGAUGACAGGCAGAUGCUACACUCCUAAGAUAAAGAUCGCUAAACAACCGCCGCCCUCCAACUACUUCUAUCUUGAUUUUGAUAUCGCUUCAUCAAUAUGGUGAGGCUAAAAUGCGUUUCCACAAAUCAACAAGGCCGCUCCAGGUCCAACUCAGUCCAAGGACACCGGGCUUCAACCGAGGUCAAGACCGCAAAGGCGUCUACACCAGAGGAGUUGGCCCUAGUUGAUACCUCGCUCUGCGAGACUGUCCCUGGAGUGCAUGACUCGAAAGCCACAUUCCUCAUCCAGCCCCAGGAUAACGUCGAGAUCUUCCAGAAGCUCCGGCCAUUCGUUGUCACGGUUUCCAACCCGCCGGGAAAGAUGGGCUCGUCUCUGCAGCGGUACAAAGCCACUGUCGCUAUCUACUACCAAAACAGCGCCCUCAAAGUUGUCGAUCCGAGUCCUGUGGUUGAACACACUGACCGCCCAAUCCCGUCGGCCCGAGCAUUGUUUGCGGACCACGAUGGGAAGGGAAACAUCCACUUCAUUUUCAAGGGCGUCAAGAUUAACUAUCUCGGCGAAUACACCAUGCAUGCGUCCAUCUUCCGGCCGGAUGAUGACAUCGAGGGUCCCGCGUUCCUGACGACGCCUUGGAGCACUUCGGUCAAGGUGGUGCCGCCGUCUCGCCGACGUGAACCGGCCCCGCUGAGUAAGUCUCCCCGCAGGAAUCUUGUUUCGGCGGACCUGGGUAUCCAUGUCGACUUUGGCCACGCCGACCUGCUCGAAACCCAUGAAACGGAGGACAGAUCGGUAGGGCCCAUAAACGCGACCAGCGGGUAG